AUGGAUGGCUUAGAAGCAAGUGUGAUUACGCCUUCUGGAUUUAGUCGCCACGAGCUCGUACGCCUGAUGGUGCAAUCGCUGCAAAGCCUUGGUUACAAGAAAUCGGCGCAAGAACUCGAGGCAGAAUCUGGAUUUCAGUUGGAGAGCCCUACAGUGACACGUUUCCGAGAAUGUGUCUUUAAAGGAAACUGGGGCGAACUGGAGCAAUUGAUAGAAAAGCUGGAUCUCGACCCCGCUCAUGCAGUCUCGGUCAAGUUCUUAAUUAGGGAGCAAAAGUUCUUGGAGUUGCUUGAGGCACGACAGAUUAAGAGCGCUUUGGUCGUGUUGCGUUCAGAGUUGACGCCGUUAAACCAGAAUAUGGAUCGAGUCCACACUCUUACAAGUUACAUGAUGAGUCCGAGUGCUGAGGAUCUUCGACAGCGAGCGGACUGGGAUGGUGCGAACGGGAUCUCAAGACAACAACUUCUCUCGUCCCUGCAAAAAUAUAUUUCACCAGCGGUCAUGGUCCCAGAGAAUCGACUGGAAACUAUGCUAAAGCAAGCUGUGGAGCUGCAAAUCAAGAAUUGCCUGUAUCAUGACAAUCGCAACACAACCAACAGUCUUUAUAGCGACCAUAUUUGCGACAAAACUGGAAUUCCUUCGAUAUCGCGCCAGGUACUCGAUGGCCAUACGAACGAAGUCUGGUACAUUUCCUUUUCCCAUGAUGGACGAUACUUGGCCUCCGCAUCCGCCGACCACAGGAUCAUUAUUUGGAACCUGGAAACAUUUGAGCCGAUGCAGACACUUCAGGGACAUUCCAGCAAAGUAUCGUGUUGUGUUUGGUCACCAAACGACACUCAGAUAUUGACGGCGUCAUAUGAUCGGACAGUGAGGCUAUGGAAUGUUCAGACUGCAACGUUAAAGUCGACAUUCCAACGACAUAGUGAUGCAGUGACAUGUCUAGGAUGGCUUCCUGAUGGUGAACGCUUUGUAUCCGGAAGCGAGAAGAAUCUGUUUUUGAUGACAUUGGCUGGCGACCAACUUCGUUCAUGGCAGUUCCCAGUGAGAGACCUUGCCAUAUCUGCUGACGGCAAGCUGUUAGUGGCCAUGGGAGGCACCAUCAUCCGCGUGAUCAGCCUGGACGAUAUGAGUGAGAUCAGCAAGCUGGAGGAGACAGACAGUAUUACGAGCAUCAGUUUGUCAAAGGAUGGCCAGCAUCUGCUUGUGAACAUGACUUUCAAGGUAAUUCAUCUGUGGAACUUGGCAGAGGGACGGGUUAUCCGCAAGUAUUCAGGAUACAAACAAGGACGGUUUGUGAUCCGGUCGUGCUUUGGUGGAUGGGACGAGCGGUUUGUGAUUAGCGGGAGCGAGGACUCGAAGGUGUAUAUCUGGCACCGCGAGAACGGCAACUUGAUUCAGACGCUGGAUGGACAUUCACGCGCGGUAACGAUGGUUGCACGGAGCCCAACGAACCCAACCAUGUUUGCAUCCGCAAGUGAUGACCAUACUAUCCGGAUGUAA